CACGACCUUGAAAACCAGUGGUUAUUGAGAAAGCUGCAUUGAAAAUGCAAGCGUCUGUCAACAUUCGGCAACCGACUGCAGCGUGGAAAGGAGUAUAUAGGCAGCGGUGUUUCUUGAAUCCACACACGUCUAUCCUCCAGCCGCCGACAUGAAGAUUAUCCUCCUCGUUGCCCUGGCCGCCGCGGCCGCCGCUGCCCCUCAAGACUAUGCCUCCAGGGAAGUCAUCCCCAUUUUGAAGGACGUCCGUGUGCAGGAGGACGACGGAAGGUACAGUGUGGACGUAGAGACUGGCAACGGCAUCAUCCAUUCUCAGUCUGGUUCCCCCACUGGCGCCGAUGGCACAGUGAUCAAGGCUGGGGAAUACUCCUACACUGCCCCUGACGGAACUCCUGUUGUCGUCAAGUUUGUCGCUGAUGAGAACGGCUACCAGCCUCAGUCUGACCUGCUGCCCGUGGCCCCUGCGUUUCCCCACCCCAUCCCUCAGUUCGUACUGGACCAAAUCGCCUUCGCCGCUCAGCAGGAAGCCAACCGACCUCGAAACGAGAGAUACGAAGAAUAAGAAGGAAAUCUACAGUAUUUGAGACCGUGGCGUUACAGAGGCGAGCAGUCACGUUGAGACCUGCUGGCACUUGGAGGAGCCUGUUACCUGUUGUGUACUGUCUGUUGCCUGCCUGCUCGCCUCUUUGAUGCCGAGACAAUAUUACAUAGGCAAAGCAUAUCAUUGACUGGCGCGUGCAUUAUUUAUUUGUUACGUUGCUUUUGUAUGAACGCAAUUAACGCUGUGUAGAAAGCGGAGACUCCAUCUUGUAUUUUUGAUAAUGUAAACACGUUAUUUG